GGCGGUGUGAUGCGCCUCUCUGUGCGCUCACUGGCUGCUCAGCCUUUUACUGUGUGAGAAGCCCGUUCAGAGGUCGGACUGCCGGGACCGAUCAUCGGCCAGCGGGCAACAGAAGCGCAGAGUGCCGACUCACAGCUGCACCGGAGACCAGGACCCGAACCGGGAGAAGUCGGAGGAGACUUUACGCACGGAUCUGAGAUAUGGAAUGCAUUGAAAGGACUCCGACACUGUGAAAGUUUGCAUCUCGGAUAUGGAGACACGCAUGAAAAGACAAUUAAUCUUAAUAAAGUCAACCAUCCUUCUCGCCUGGGUCUGAGGUGCAGCGGAGGAUGACACCUGCACCCCGCCUGGCGAGGACCGACGCGUUGUUCCAGACUUGGCAUCUCUGAAGAGUGGGUCAAAGCGUCUGCGAAAGUGACUUUCUGCUUUAAUACUGCAGACAGAUCAACCGUCGCUGCCAUCCCGAGUUAUCGGCUGUGGCUGCAGAAACAGCGCAUUUGUUGCGCCCUUUUACAUGUUUGCACCAUCUCGGACUGCGGCAGAAAAUCAUCUCGUGCCCCGACACCUCGUACACACAGGUAAUGUCUCUGCAGCCACAGUCAUUUAAAGUCCAUCGUUCAGCUCACCUUGGCUUGUCUGCACCGCUCAUCUAUUAAUGCUGUUUCGCAUUUGCUGGAUAUUAAGAAAUAAAAGAGAACUUUGCCUCAAACGCGUCCAACAGCAGUAAGGCAGAAUAAUCUGUGGAGUACUGACUCACCAUGGGCACUGUACUAUCACUGUCUCCCGGCUCUCGGAAAUCAGGCUACUAUGACAACCGGCCAGGCUCGCUCAGCCACUACCCGAGCCUCAGCAGCCGCUCUCUCAACAGCCAGAAAGACCGCGGGCUGAAAAGGGGUCAGUCCAUCUUCCUCCCAGCACUCACGUGGAAGCGACUGGUGGCCUCUACGAAGAAGAAGGGCAACUCCAAGAAAGGCUCCGGUGGUCCAGUGGCCCUCGGGGACCCUCUCAACAACAACAACAUCAACAUCUACCAAAAGGACCCUGUGUUGCACCUCAACCGCGAGAAUGUGAAGAAGUCCCUGUCGUGCGCCAACCUGUCCAGCUACGAUGGUCCAGCAGGACUGGGGCUGGGGCUGGGGCUGGGCUACGGCCUGGGGAUGGGGAUGGGCCAGGGCCAUGGAUGUGGCUACAGCAAGUCCCAACAGCUUUCCUCUGUGAAGAAAGUUCCCCAAGGGACAGUGACCUCGUCCCCAAAGCGUGUUAUUGUCCAGGCCUCCACCAGCGAGCUCCUGCGCUGUCUGGGGGAGUUCCUGUGCUGUCGCUGCUACCGUCUGAAGCAUCUGUCUCCGGCUGACCCGGUGCUCUGGCUGCGGGCUGUGGACCGAUCCCUGCUGCUGCAGGGCUGGCAGGACCAGGCCUUUGUCACACCGGCCAACGUGGUCUUUGUCUACAUGCUAUGCCGAGACGUCGUGGACGGCGACCUUGUAGCGUCGGAACACGAGCUGCAAGCCAUCCUGCUCACCUGCCUCUACCUGUCCUACUCCUACAUGGGCAACGAGAUCUCGUACCCGCUCAAGCCCUUUCUGGUUGAGGCGGGUAAGGAGGCCUUCUGGGACCGUUGCCUCGCCAUCAUCGAUGCCACCAGCUCCAAGAUGCUGCGCAUCAACGCAGACCCGCACUUUUUCACACAAGUAUUUGCAGAACUCAAGAGUGAAGGCGGUUGUGGCCCUCAGGACUAUAGUCGGGUGCUGGACCGGUGAGAGUCUGAGCACCGAUCCUUGCUGACCGCAUGCCUUUUUGUACACUCAUGCGCAUGUAUACUUGCUCACAGACACACAUUUGUCUCACACAGAAUCCUUUCCCCUUUUUCUUCUUCUGCAGCUCUGCAGCAGCAAUGAAUCUAUAUUGACAGAGCUAUGUAGACAUUUUUAAUCACUCCAUCUGUGUGUGUGUUGCCAUUGCCAUCCACAGAUAGAAAUAAGGAAUUAAAAAAUGUUCCCCCUGAGAUUUUCUCUGAUAAUUGGCUAACAGAGGCUCACAGUUGUGUUUUUCCCCCCCCUGGAAUAUCCACCUGAGUUUACUUGAAUUGAGGAACCAUUUGGUCCGCCUCUCCCAUCUGUCUUCAUGUGUCUGGUUCCAGUCGCCCCCCUCGAUCUGCACACCCAGGCAUCCUCACCCUCCUAUCUGAAUGUGGUCAAUCAGUGUGCACAGGACAACAACAUCACUCACAACUCAUUACUCACAAUGAGUUGACUCACAGAAGAUCAAAAUAGGUAGUUAUAUUUUCCUGCACAAUACAAGCAGACAUCUUGACAAGGAAAGUGACUCAGACUGAUGGGAACAGCUGAGAGGUUCAUAUAAGGUCUCACUGGUCCUGCUGUGCGCUGUGUAUUCACUAAAGUGAAACGAACAGGCAGUGUUUUGUGGAGCCUUUUGAGGGUCGUCUGGCCUGAGGGGACAGAUGCCGUUUCUUAUCUUUAUCCACUCAGACCUGCCAGUGCACUAUUGUUUCUACUUAAUCUUAUCUCAGGAGUGUUUCCUGGUGGAAGCAGAACAUGGAUUUUAGACUGACAUGUUGAGUGCAUGCAUGGCCAUAUGUGUGUGUGUGUAGACAUUGUGCAGUGGACGGCAGCCAGGGUCAUCAGCUGUUUACUCCAUCCUUUGUUCCCUGCGUCUUGUUGACAGGGCACCCACAGCCGUGGUAUUAAUGAGAUUAGCAGAUUACUGCAGUCCCUCCUCUCUCUCAACCUCUGCCCCCUUCUUGUCCACUCUGCAACCCUGCAGAGUUUCAGUGGCUAAUCCAGGCGAGGCUGGACUGAACACACACAUUUGUACACCUUGUCUUGUGUGUGCUUUAUUCUCCUAUGUGCGUGAACAAAAUGCUGUGUGGCACACGUGCAGCUCAUGGUCAAAAUUAAACCUCUCUGAGACAGAUCUAGGCAGGAAUGACAGAUGAAUGCUUUUGCUGUUGAAGGGGUUUGUUGUUGUUGUUGCUUCUGAGUUUGGCCCACUUUCUCGUCAGUCACCUGCGCAUCCUCAUCUGCCAUCAAGAGGCUUGUUUUCUCUCUUGUCCUUCCCUCAACUCCUGUCUCUUGCUAAAUUAUUCCCUUCAAUGAAGCACUGGCAUUUGUGCUUCAGUGGCUCUGUUUCCCAUGUGCUUUAGUGUGUGUUUGUGCAUGUCAGAGGUGGUCACAGAUGAGCCUGAGGUUUAUCGCUCUUGCACUGAAAAAUAUAUGGAUUUUUUUUAAAAGCAGAACCGAUUUAAAUAUAUUUUUGAGCUUGAUUUUACAUUCCAUAGCCAUCCAAAGUUGUUUAGAUUCCUGCUGCUAGAGGUUUGUAGUUCAUCUUUCAGCUCAGAAAAAGCUUAGUGAGAGUAGAAAUGGGGGAAAGCAAAGCUUAACUACAGAGUGCAUGUGCUGCAAAUGGUAUAUUUAAAUUCAGAUUUUUACUUCCUUUAAUUAAAAUAGACACAUGUACUGAUUUCGGUAUAAAAGCAUACAAUAGUGAGCCCUACCCAUGUUAUAGAACAGUGGAUGCUAAUCUUUUUUUUUGUAACCCCUUAAAAUGAAACAGUAUCUCCCUGCAACCCCUUAUUGUAGGUUGCAUUUGUUGUUACUAGUUCAUCAAAAGAGCAAUUUCAUCCUUGUUUUAUAUGAUCCAUUUCAGAUUUGUGAAAACAAGAAAAAAACCCCAAAAAUUACCAAACACUUGUUGUUUUUUUCUGCUUUCCUUCUCUGUUAAUCAUCUAAAAUUUAUCUUGUGGUUGGGAACCACUGCUUUACAAAAGGUGGCUGUUGGUUGAAGAUGCUGCCUUAAACCUAAAAACAUGGAUGCUUGACUUCCACCAAGAUGUGUUUCCCACAGUAGCAUGUGGUAAAGCCUUAAUCUUAUUGUCUUCAGGCGUCUUGAGGUUUUGGUGCUCCACUACCCUCCCCCAAGUGGUAGUUGCUCUUACACACUCACCAGCAAGGUCAUGUGAUAAACAAGCAUCCCUAUAAGAUUCGACCUUUACCCACAUGUGCAAAUAAACACACUCUGGUUCACAUCUUGGGUAAUCCGGUCCUAAUCCUCCUACCCAAUCAAAUAGAGAGAGGGAGCGAGAGAUGAAAACAUGGGGAAAUAAGUAAAAGGUUCAGAAUCCAAUGUGAUUUGGUGUCACACUUCUUGUACACUGUUGGCCCUGGGCUCAGCCUUCAAAUCCUGCUCUAACAAACUGGAGGCCUCAGAGACCCAAAGCUCAGCCCGGCUGCCUAUUCCAGCUCACCCAGAUCAAGCCUGCCUCCCUACCCGCCUGAGGGAUCUCACAUGAGCUCACACCAGAGAGGAGCGACGGCAGUGAUUCACGCUGGAGCUUUGACUGGCAGCCAUUUUGGGCUCGUUGUUGCUGGUCAGUGCAGCUCUCUUUCUGGCCUGGCCCCAGCUUUGACAAGGACAGUUGUGUCUUGACUCCCCCCCCCCCCCCCCCCCCCCAGCCCCAUUUCCAUACACACUCAGCUGUUGUUCCCUGCCUGUUUGAUUAGAUUUGACACCCCACACCCGCCAGCCAUUGUCAGGACGAGGAAGGGCAGAAUGGGGCCGUUUGUUGGCAUCGGGUUGGUUGUGUUUGUGCGUGUAUGUGGGUCAAAGUUAAGGGCAACAUCUGCUUCCACCAUCAGUCUCCUGUAGACCUGGACAUAAAUUAAAUCAGAAGAUACAUGUUCAAGUGAUGCUGAUAUAAACUAUUACCCUGACAAAUAGGGAAAAAUCUGCUGCAGGUUUGCUUUAGCAGCAUGUUGUGACUCACCUCUCUCACAUUUGGUUUGUUCUUCAUGCACAUUUAUGGAACAGACACAGAGGAACCAUUUUCAUUUAAGCCUAAUUGAGCAUUUAAACAAUUUGUCAAAUGUAACUAAUGUAAAGGCAACUGUCCCCUCUUUCAGAACCUCCGUGCAAUCAGUCACCGAGCUGGAUCACGUAGCUGGUUUUCACAUAGUGGACCGGCUUCCAAGCCAAUUAAACUCGCAUCUCAACUGGAGCUCUAAUUCUGUUCAUCCAAUCAAACCUUUUGGCAUGAGUCCUGAGCUCUUCACCUGACUGACAGCAAACAGAUACAUGAUGCCUGUGACAUCUCUGUGGAUAAUUUAUGACACUUGUUAUGUAGAAACUGAUUGACUACAGGUAUUUUAAGACGACUAAACAGGACAUUUAAUGGAAACUGGACCUUCAUCUGGGACUUUGACAACUCUGAUUUGGAAACUUUUGGGUUUAUGUGAACAAUGUGAUAAAAAAUGUAAUGUAUUAGUCUGGUGUUAUUCUAUAUUUUUGUCAUUGUCAACAAGUACCCUGCAUUAAACCUUGUCGGUUCAGCCCAAUUGCUCUUACUAAAGACUAAACUAUUAAAAAAACAAAUCAUGAAUACACAUGAAUAUACUUCUAAUUUUAAAAAAGGCUAAGACUUCCCUAAAUAAAUUGGGCACUGUAGCUUUUAGCAAACCUUCCUCACAUAGGAGUAAAAAGUGCAUUUGUUGGGGACUAUUUUGAAUGAAUACACAUUUAGUGCUCUCAGUAUUUACAGCAGCAGGAUGGUGUAUGUAGGAAAACUAUACUGUGCCCCACCUUUAAUAGUUUUUAGACAAGAAUUGAGGUCUUAGGCACAUCGGAAUAAGAUACAUCAGGCUUUGGACACACUGAUAAAACUUGUUUGUCAAUCAGUUCCUUGUUGGUUAUGUUCUUUUGUUGACAAUGAGACAAAUAUGGCAUAUCACAAUACGUUUCCUUUAAGUCACCACAGCUCUAUGAGUUGUGUAAUUUCAGUGUGCUGCUGCUGCUGCUGCUGUAGAUAUGAUGUGAGAUUUCAAUAGCACACCUUAGACUGACGAUGUACAUAUGUAGGUGUGUAACAAAAAGAGCUGUUAAGAAUGAAAAAAAUGAACAAAAAGAAAUAGUCUUGCUGUGUAGUAGCAUGCAUGCCAGCCAGGUAGUUUAGAAAUGUUUCUUUCUUUCUUUUACUUUUUUUUUUACUUCUGCUUUUUGUUUGAUUUUUAUAUGCAAUGUUUUAAAUGAAAGAUUAUUUCUUUGGUAACUUAAAACUGGAUCUCAUUGGAGCGUUCCUUUAUAGGAAACAUGAUGUCAACAGUGUUAAAGUCUCUUAUUAGUGCAGAUGUAACUAUCAUCAUUAUGUUGGUCUGUUCAUGUUUAGAAACAAUAGAGACAAAAAAUUAUUAGAAUAAUCGACACUCAUUUUCUGUCCUGAAAUAGCAAGGCAUGUGAAUUCAUACGAGCUAUGACAGAAUUAUAACUUACUUAACAUCCUUUAUUUUAAACGUUGCUGUCUCAUACCAGACUUCAUUUGUCAAUUUGCUAAAUUAGAUGUGGUCAUGACGCGUCGUUUAACUGCAAAAAGAAUCUUACACAGACUACAGUGUACAUAUAAAGCUGAUCAAGUUAGUGGCUAUCAAUAGCUUUUCUCAUCAAUGCACCAGCUGGUGACACAAAGGCGGCCAUUGUACAUGUAGCGUUUGUCGCAGGCAUCUCCGGCUCAGCCUGCGUCCUCCCUGAUUGUAGCUUUGCCUCUUCAGCUUUUUGUCACAUAAGCUUUCAAAUUUCACAACUUCACAUUCAUCACAACACCUCGCCUGUGUUGUGUCAACACUGGACAGAUGUUAAUACAGAGCAUAAUGUAUAACUGUCAAGUGUCCAUCCUCCUCCCGACUGAGUUACCUUCCUGGCCAUCAUUGUAUCUGUCACACCAAAAUGAAGCAGCACAUCACCUCGAGUGACUUUUGUAAAGCCACUAAAAUGUGUGUGUGUGUGUGUGUGGGUGUGUGUGUGUUUGUAGCUAAAAGUAAAAUACUGUUGAUGGGAAAAACUUGAAGAAAAAAAAUGUGACUGUUUCAUUUUUCAUGUUUUAAUGUUUGUUUUCCUUUUUCAUGACGAUGAUGUUGAUUAUUUAAUAAAGUAUUGAGCUGAAAUCCAAA